AUGGAUCAGCUGAACGUCAACGUACGUGCUGUUCCAUGCGAUGUCUCGGACAAAGAUAGUCUCGAGUCGGCUCUAGCCAGCUGCGCAGACAUGCCUUCUGUGUGUGGCAUCAUACAGAGUGCGAUGGUACUUCGGGAUACGGUUUUUGAACAGAUGACAGCAGAAGACUUCAUCAUGGCCACAAGGGCAAAGGUCAUGGGAAGCUGGAAUCUGCAUCAACUCUGCCUCGAUGUUGACUUCUUUAUCAUGCUAUCCUCCGUGCUCGGCGUGACGGGGUCCCCAGCUCAGGCUAACUACACCGCCGCAGGAGCUUAUCAAGAUGCCCUUGCUCGCUUCCGAAAAUCCAAAGGCCUCCCAUCAACAUGCAUUGAUCUUGGUGCUGUCCAGUCUGUGGGCUUUGUAGCAGGCAAUCACCGCAUCUCGGAUAGGCUGGCGCAGAGCGGUGUGGGUAGGCUACAAGAAGGUGAAGUUCACAACAUACUCGACAGCGUGAUUGGCACUCACGGCGUGGAUCAAGUUGUGACUGCUAUCCAGUUUGACUCUAUUGCUGAGUCCGGGGGCUCGGGCUGGUUGCAAGACAAACGCUUCGCUGCGAUGCGUCCUCGAGAUCGGUCAGCGUCUGAGCGCAGCAAUGCCUCAACAUCUUCGAAGACGAGCGUUAGCAAGCUUCAAAACCUCAUUUCUGGCGACAUGAACCAGUCUGAAGUGUCGCAAGUCAUACUUGAUGAACUGUCCAAGAAGAUCAUGGAUAUGUUUGGAACGCAAGAGGUCGACGUGUCCGGUGACUUGGCUAUGCACGGAGUCGACUCGUUGGUUGCUAUAGAGCUUCGGAACUGGAUUGCCACGCAAGCGGGAAUUGAGAUCUCGGUUUUGGAGCUGAUCCAGAGUCCAUCGAUAACACAAAUCGCAGAACGCGUGACUAACCAACUUGGGUAUACUUAA